AUGGAGUAUUUUCGAGAGUAUUUGUCUUCUGAGAUAACCGAUAAACUCCCAUUGCUAAUUUCAAUAGGAGCUAUCGUAUUUUAUACAUUUUUCAAGUAUCACAAAUCAAGAUUCAGGACUCCAAACAUUAAAAAUGCUGAUAAGACAUCCGACUCAUACGUGAAGCCCAUUAUUGAGCCAAUGUCACCAGAUUUUAAGUGGGAUGAAGUAACUCCUCUGAAGUCAUACCCAUUCAAAAACGGUGAAUACAAGUUGACCAUGGGAAUUAGAAAGUUAGACCCUCAAGAUUGGCUUCUAAUUGAACCGACUUAUCUUAACAGGAUUGAUAAUAAGUCAAAAAUAGUAUCGAAUACUCAUCCUGAUUAUCCGCCAGAUAAGGAUUUGGCUAAUAAUACAUUGUUUUCCACUGAAGAGGCUGAACCUGCGAUUAGGGAAUUUUACGAUAUUGUGGUUAAUUAUAUGUGUGAGAAGUACCCCAUGUACUUUAAGGAUGCAAAAAAUGGCAAAAUCUUCAAUUCCAUAACAGGUAAUUACUUACCUGCCUGUGCAGAUGAGGUAGUGAAUGCUCGGGAGUUGUUGAUAGUAUUGGCCAAUAAUAUAGAAGAGGAUUUUCUUAUAUUACUAAAAGACCCUUCGAGAGAGGAUGAAAAGGACGGGUCGGAAUACUUUUUCAAGGCAGGUUUAUUUGGCUUUGCAGCGGGCUUCAAUCCCAAGGAUCGGUUUAACAUGCCAUUAAGCUUCGUACAUCAUCCUGUUCCUGGUUAUGAAUCGAAAUUAAAGCUUUCCAUGAAUAGAUUUUUUAAUAGAUUGGAGCCGGGCCAGUUCGUAACUCGGAGCAAUUUUUCAGUUCAGACCCACAGUAAGCUUUACGUAGAUGAUCAAAACAAGGGACAUCACUUGCGAGAAGGUGAAAAUCAAGUAGCCAUUGACCCCGCUACUUUAGAUUUUGACAAACAAGUUCACUAUCGAAGCGAACGACAAGCAUUAACAAAGCUACCAAAGUCAAAUGCUGUGGUUUUCACGAUUAGAACAUACUUAUUACCAAUGAGUGUAAUUAAGAAGGAGGAUAAGGAAGUUCGUGAGAGGCUUAUUGGUGCUAUCAAAGGGCUUCCCGAAGACAUCUCGUUAUACAAAAGAGCUGCUGAAUGGGGUCCAGCAGUUGUUGAAUACUUACUGGAUCAAAGUCAGUAA